GGAGACCUAGAGAGAGAGAGUGAAAGAGAGAGAAAGAGAGAGAGAGAGAGAGUGAGAAAGGGGCACAGAGGGGAGAAAAUUAGGGUGUGUUAAAAGGGAGGGGAAAGUUUGGUGAGAAUAAAAGAAGACGCUGAUGUAGAGAGAAAGAGAGCGAGAAUGUGAGUUAAGAAAAGCACAAAGAAGAGUGAAGAGCAGAAAGAGACAUUAGAUAUCUUAUUAUUCUUCAAUUCAGAGAUGACGUCAUUCUGCUGGAAUUGGGCAGCUCUGCUCCUUCUACUAGUACUGACCCCUGACCUGCUUCCCACCCACCUCAUCAACACCCAACCCCUCCUCACACACGCCAUUCCCACCUCCCCAACGGUCACACACCCCAAGAUCCAAUAUGUUACCGGUGUGGGCUUUGACUACGAUGAAGAUGACUACACUGAAGAGAACGCUUCCCAUUCCCCUCCCAAUUACAGCAAAACCUCAUCAGCUUCUACUCUGGUUCCGAUGCAGCCCAAGCCCUGUGACUACCACCCCUGCCAGGACAACCAGAUGCCCUGCUCCCAGCUCUCUGCCCAGACUGGGUGCCUCUGCCCUGGGCUAAGCGGAGUAGACGAGCCCCCUCACGCGCCACACCUCCAGAAGCUAGUGCCAGGCACUGAUGGAGGGGCAGAGGUACGGUGGUGCGCUCCAGCCUCUGUGGUAUCUGGAUACCGGGUCGUAAUCGAAGAUCGAAAGGGAGCGCCUCUCCAGUUCACGGGUGAUUCUCGGAGCGGGGUGCUGGGGGAACUAGAGGCAGGUGUCAAGGUGUGUGUGGAGGCAGUGAACAUAGCGGGAACCAGCGCCCCCUCGGAUCUCUCCUGCCUGCGCUACGACCCCCCUGAGGCCACCAACCUGGCCCUAAGGGUGGGGGUCAUCGGAGGGGGGCUGGGAUUUCUCCUGCUCCUCUCCUUGGUCGCCCUGGUCCUCUGGAGGCGACAGACGUGUAAAACAGGGGAAAACUCUGCCGAGGGGCUGGGGAACCCCUCCUACAGCACGGAGGGAACGCUGUGAUACAAUUCUGUGUAGCAGAGAAUGUAAGAGUAAAUUAACUGGGAUGGGACAGAGACUAAACGGCUUCCCUCACCAGUGACUCACCAGCACAGUGCUCAGGUUGUUCAAAAUCCUGCACUUAGGAAUAUGGAAAUUAGUAAUAACUUUUGACUUUUGUGGACUAAAUAACCCUAACAAAAGCUUAAGAAGCUUUGUAACUAAAGAGAUUGCAGGUUGUUUGCUGGCAAAUUAACUUGUGUACAGUGGUGAUUUUAACAUGUAAAUCUUGGUGGGGCAAAAAAAUGGGAUGUGCAUGCCAGCAAAGCCAUUACACUACACGACACAAGACUAAACAAUACAUUAAUUGCACUAUAACGGUGACAAACGGUACCCAUAAACUGUUAGGGCCUACAUAAAGCUGUCCCAACAGCAGUCCCAACGUCUCACCACUGCUACACCUGGCUAUCAGCGGAGCCUUGUCUGGCAGUGAAACAGUUCAUUCAGCCUCAUUUACUGACUUAAAAAAAACAUAGCUGAUAUAGCUGACUUGCUUAAACAAAUGCGGUUUCUAAUGACAAUUGAGAUGUACAAACUAUGGCACAAGGGGAUGACAAGAGGAUAAGAGGCUAUCCGUAAUUUCGAUUAAGACAUUAAUGAGCAAGCUAGGAUGGACAUAGUUAAUAUAACUCUUUGUUUAGCACUUUUGAAAUGUACAGCGACAGAAUUCAGAACAUAGGCUGUUCUUACAGUGUUCUCCCUGUACACCAAGUCAGAACCAUAGGAUAAAUGAAGGGGGAAUAUAAGCAGACAGUGAAAGCUCUUACAAUAUUCAAUGAUUACAUUUCUCUAAAAUAGGUUAUAAGCUACAUGUGCAUCACCAGAACAGUAGGUGUAAUUAAGAGGUGUAAAUAGACCAAAUUAUUAGGAUGAGGCACAUGGGCUACUAACAUCUUACUACACAACAUACACGUAGUAUUACUUUCUACAGUAUACAUAUCUCCCUGGCAUAUUACAUAAUUUAUUACAUAAAUAAUAAACAGACGUUUUGAGCGCGGCACAAAUUAUUCUUCAUUGACAGCAUAGCCAAUGUUGAAUGUUUAUCAUUUUAAACUUGGAAAAGAGCCCCUUAAUCCCAGAUUUCAUUGACAGCAUGGCCAAUGUUGAAUGUUUAUCAUUUUAUCAUAGCCACUCUACUGAAUAGAAGGCUAGUGAUUGCUUUGUAAUGCUUGCAGUUAGCCACUAUCACUGAUUCCUUCCAAACCAUUCAUCGUUGAAUUUGCGAUUUCCAACUUGUUGUGUAAUGUUUAUGUCCAAUGGCCAAUGGCCGAUGAGUAGAUUAUCAACUUGAUUCAUGAUGAUGACUGCUAGCUAAGAUUUUGAAAGUAUGAUGUUGACAUGAUCAGUCCAAUCAAAGCUACUGUACAUAUAACGUGAUUUGACUUCAUUUUAAGGGGAUGACUUUGGCCAAUGACCUUGAGCCUUCAUGGAUGAGCACUUCUAAUGUAGCUCUAUAGCAGCACCUAAGGAGCUAGAAUUUUCUAACUCUACCCUUAGACAUGGCGGUGACGUGGUGUCCCCAUGAGUGACAGAACACUGAGCCAAUCACGGCGCAACGCUCCGUAUUUUAUGCUGGCUUGCCCCACCACCACAGAAAGCACUGAGCUAGGCUGAAACACCUGCAUUUUGGAGCUGCCUUACUCAAGAAAACAAAAAAAAGACCAUGUUUGUAUGCAGGUUUAUUAACUCAAUCCUAGAUCUUUUUUUACAUUGUUUGCAGACUGAUAUGUGACACGUAUUAAUUAAUUAAAAUAACAUGCAAAACAGGAAAGUCUCUUUUUUUUCUAAAAAUGUGGGGUUCAAAACAGGUGGAGCUCCUGCCCUGAAUGACGGGUAGCCACUGCUUGUGUACCAUUCGAUCAUGACAGGGAAGAGUUAUGGCAGUCGGAUUCAUGUGUAGAAUAAAUAAAACUGACUUAUGAAUAACAAAAGCAAUUGUUUUUAGAAUAAAAGUGUUUACAUCAUGA